ACGCGGCGGGUAUCAUAUGCAAGGCGUUUUUCGGAUCAAACGAGCGCUCUAGACGGUCGGCUCCGAAGAACGACGGCCCCGGCCUGCUUGCCGGGUGCUUACGGCGGUGACCGGGCGGGAGUCCGCAAUACUCAGCGACCUGCGGAAUCUGGACCCCUUUCUCGCACCGAAGGAAUUGCCGAGUGCGCCCCGGAAUAUCUGCAAUCAUGGCGCCGACCGGGCCCCCCGCCGGCGGCGGCAACAUCAAGGUCGUGGUCCGAGUGAGGCCUUUCAACGGACGAGAAAUCGACAGGAACGCAAAGAGCAUUGUUGAAAUGCGCGACAACCAGACGAUACUUACCCCUCCCGCCGAUUCUGCCGACCGAACCGGCAAAGGACCCAAAGAACAAGCCCAGAAAGUGUUCGCAUUCGACAAAUCAUACUGGUCCUUUGACAGGAACGACUCGAAUUAUGCAGGGCAGUCGAGCGUACACGAUGACCUGGGCAAGCCGCUGCUGGACAAUGCCUUCCAGGGCUACAACAACUGUAUCUUUGCCUACGGUCAGACCGGCUCGGGAAAGUCAUACUCGAUGAUGGGAUACGGCAAGGAAGCAGGUAUCAUCCCGAACAUUUGCCAAGAUAUGUUCUUGCGCAUCGAUGAAAUGCAAAAGGACAAGAACCUGAGGUGUACGGUCGAGGUGUCGUACCUCGAAAUCUACAACGAAAAAGUAAGGGAUCUUCUAAACCCGGCGACAAAAGGAAACCUGAAGGUCCGAGAGCAUCCAUCCACCGGUCCAUAUGUCGAGGAUCUGGCCAAGCUGGUGGUCGGUAGCUUCCAGGAGAUCGAGCACCUUAUGGAUGAGGGAAACAAAGCGCGGACGGUCGCGGCAACGAACAUGAACGAGACAUCUAGCCGAAGUCAUGCCGUCUUUACCCUCAUGCUUACUCAGAAGCGCUUCGACCCGGAAACGAAGAUGGAGAUGGAGAAGGCGGCGAAGAUCAGUCUGGUUGAUCUAGCGGGUUCCGAGAGAGCAACAUCGACUGGCGCAACCGGAGCUCGACUGAAGGAAGGUGCUGAGAUUAACAGGUCCCUAUCCACGCUCGGUCGUGUGAUCGCGGCCCUGGCAGAUCUGUCGACUGGAAAGAAGAAGAAGGGCGCGGCAUCGCAGGUGCCCUACAGAGACAGCGUUCUGACAUGGCUGCUCAAGGAUUCUCUGGGUGGAAACAGUAUGACUGCAAUGAUAGCAGCUAUCAGUCCUGCUGAUAUCAAUUACGACGAGACCCUGAGCACCCUUCGAUACGCCGAUUCUGCCAAGCGGAUCAAGAAUCACGCCGUUAUCAACGAGGACGCCAAUGCGCGCAUGAUCAGAGAGCUCAAAGAAGAGCUGGCACUGCUCAGGGGCAAGCUUGGCGGGGGGAGCGGAGGGAUUCCGGUGCCGGCCGAAGAAGUCUACGCCGAAGGAACGCCCCUAGAAAAGCAGAUUGUCAGCAUCACACAGGCGGACGGGACGGUGAAGAAGGUGUCUAAGGCUGAGAUUGCGGAACAACUCGAUCAGAGCGAGAAGCUGCUGCAGGAUCUUAACCAGACUUGGGAACAGAAACUGGCCAAGACCGAGGAAAUCCACAAGGAGCGUGAAGCCGCGUUGGAGGAGCUGGGGAUCAGCAUUGAGAAAGGCUUCGUUGGGCUCUCCACGCCGAAGAAGAUGCCACAUCUUGUCAACCUCUCGGACGACCCCCUGCUUGCCGAGUGCCUUGUCUACAACCUGAAGCCGGGAAUCACGACUGUCGGUAACGUGGAGUCGAACGCGGAUCACCAGGCGAAUAUCCGACUCAAUGGCUCAAGGAUCCUGCACGAGCACUGCGUCUUCGAGAACGCGCCGGACGGCGUUGUGACGCUGAUUCCGGGCGAAGGCGCCGCCGUCAUGGUGAAUGGCAAGCGAAUUACGGAGCAAAAGCGGCUUCACUCUGGAUACCGGCUCAUCCUUGGGGACUUCCACAUCUUCCGGUUCAACCACCCGAUGGAGGCGAGGGCUGAGCGCGCCGAGCAGAAUCUGCUCCGUCAAUCCAUCACGGCCAGCCAGCUGCAGGCUCUCGACAAGACAUCGCCCCUCCCGAGCCCGAGGUAUGGACACGAGCGCACAGUAAGCAAGACCAAUUCGGACUGGGGCGACAGCCGACCCGAGUCCCCCGCAGCUUUCCAUGGGAGGGAUUCGGACUGGUCUCUAGCGCGGAGAGAGGCCGCCCCUGCUAUCCUGGGAACCGAUCAGAAAAUCGCAAGCUUGAGCGACGAGGAACUGAACGCUCUCUUCGAGGACGUGCAACGAGCGAGGGCGGAGCGUGUCAACGGUCGAGACGGGGACGAGGACAUGGAGUCCAUGGCAUCGUACCCGAUCAGGGAGAAGUACAUGUCGACUGGCACGCUCGACAACUUCUCGCUGGACACGGCGCUGACGAUGCCGUCGACGCCCAAGCAGGGCGAGGUCGAAGACAAGCUAAAGGAGGUCCGGGAGGAGAUGCAAACCCAGCUCGACAAGCAGAAGGAGGAGUACCAGGACCAGCUCAAGAGCGCAGAGGCGGCGAAUGUCGAGGUGGAAGAAAUCAAGAAGGAGAAGGCCAAGAUGGAGGAGACGCUGGCGCAGCUGAAAGCGGAUAUGCAGAAGCAGCUCGAGGUGCAGCGGCAGGUAUUCGAGGAGAAAAUCGAGAAGCUCGAUCCGCUGAAGCGGCCAAAGGCCAACCCGAGACUCUCCGAAGAGGAGAUGGAGAGGGCGAGAUCUGUCGUCAGGCACUGGAGGGGCCGCAGAUACGUCCAGAUGGCCGAGGCGGUCUUGCAGCACGCGUCGACCAUGAAGGAGGCCCAGAUCAUGAGCCAGGAGCUGGACGAAAGUGUGGUAUUCCAGUUCGCCGUGGUUGACGUUGGCCACACCCUCUGCUCAUCCUACGACAUGGUUCUUAAUGGGCUAUCUGGUGAAGGAGACGAUAUCGCCCUGGAGGAGGCACAGAAGCCGUGCAUCGGCGUUCGCGUCAUCGACUACAAGCAGAGCGUGGUCCACCUCUGGAGCCUGGAGAAGCUCCAGGAUCGUGUCAGGCAGAUGCGGCAGAUGUACCAAUACCUGGACCAACCGGACUACGCCCAGCAUCUGAGCCUCGACAACCCGUUCAUCGAGACAUGCAUGCCGCAGUACACCCUGGUUGGCGAGACCGACGUUCCUCUCGCUGCUGUCUUCGAAUGUCGGGUCCAGGACUUCACCCUAGACGUGGUAUCGCCGCAUACGUCGCACGCAACCGGCAUCAUCAAGCUGUCUCUGGAGCCUUCGAGUGCGCGCGCACCGUCGAAUACGUUGAAGUUCAACGUCGUCAUGCACGAGAUGAUCGGCUUCGCCGAGAGAGAAGGCACCGAGGUGCAUGCCCAACUCUUCAUCCCACAGAUCUCGGCGGACGGCAUCACGACCACACAGAUGAUCAAGGACUUUGACGAAGGCUCGAUCCGGUUCGAGAGCGUUCAUAGCAUGAGCGUCCCCCUCUUCGCGCCCCAGGACACGACUCUGAGAGUGGCAAUAUUCGCAAAGGUGUCUGCCAUGCAUCUGGACAAGCUGCUCAGCUGGGACGAGAUGCGGGAAGCUGUGCCGAACUCGCAGAGCAAGCCCAAGGGUGCUAGGAUCAACGAGUCCCAGUUCUUCAGGGAGGAGAAGCAUGAUCUCCUUUCCCGGGUCCAGAUUCUCGAGCUCAGCGAGAACGGAGAGUAUGUCCCCGUCGAGGUUACGCAGACAAGCGAACUGGACAGUGGCACUUUCCAGCUCCACCAGGGAUUGCAGCGACGAAUUGCUGUCAACCUCUCUCACAGCUCUGGCGAUGCGUUGCCGUGGGAUGAUGUAACUUCGUUCCGUGUUGGGAAGAUCCAGCUCGUCGACCCUGCGGGGAAGACCCCCGACAUGGGUUCGGUAUCUCCCGACAUCUCCAUGAAGCUGACGUCGAAGCCACACUUCCGGACCAACGCCAACGGAACUCGCAGUAUUACUCUAUUUGGCCAGUGGGAUUCGAGCUUGCACGACUCCCUGCUCUUGGACAGGGUCACAGCGGACAAGUACCGCGUACAGAUGACCGUGUCGUGGGAGAUAAGCUCAAAGAAGCUUGCCGAGCCGAUGAAGUUCUCGGCGAAGCUCUACUGCCAGAUUCUGUCCCGGUCCUUUGUCCGGCAGACCUCCAUGUUCUCCGCGCUGUGGCAGAACGUGAGGAUCGUCAAGUCCUCCACUGCCAUCUUCACCCUGCAGAUGCGCCCUGCGCCGAUCAAGCGCGUCGGUGAGCUGUGGCGGAUGAGCAGCCAGCACGACUACGUCAAGGGGGAGGAGAACCUGGCCGCGUGGGCGCCGCGCGGCGUCUCGCUUGUCAGCGACUACAUCAACGCCAGGAAGAAGCGGCGGCGGCUCUCGGAGCUCGGGUCUAUGCAGGACCUUCUCAGGAGGACCGGCCACCUCCCGUCCGACGAAGACGGCGGUGCCGAGGACAAACACGACGACUCGGACGAGGAGCCCCCGCCCUCGUUGCAUCUGGAUGAUUCUAUCGCGGACCUGCUCAACGACACCCCCGAAGGCUCCGAGGCAGCGAGUCCAGAAGAGGCGUCACAGCUUCCCGAAGAGCAAGCGGGGGAGCCCCAGGGAGAAGGGCAGGCAGCGGGGCCGGACGGAGAAGAGCCAGAAGUGUCACAAUCAGGAUAUGCGGAGCGCGAGGAGAUGCUGCUGAGGAAAUGUCUGAAGUUGUGGACGCGAUAUCCGGACCCCAUGACCAAGAUCCUAGGCCCGGCCAACACCGACCCUCCGUCCAAUGGGAUCACGCCGGAUGCGCCAAUGCCGCCCUCGUUUGUCACGACGAUCAUCGGGGUUUCCAAGAACCCCACAGUGCUGAAGGGCGGAUACCUACUGGUCCCCAAUAGCGAGUCUACCAGGUGGAUCAAGCGCUUCGUCGAGCUUCGGAGGCCGUAUCUGCACAUUCAUAACGUAACAGAUGGGGACGAGGUUGCCAUUGUGAGCCUAAGAAACUCACGGGUCGACAGCCAACCGGGGAUCCUCGGCCUCCUGGACGGCGGGGACUCGCAGAACGGCGAUUACUCCGAGAUGGGUCCCGAAAACGGCGGCAGCACCACCACCGCCGAUUUCUCGCCGAGCCACAGGAGGACCUCUUCCGGGCGCCUCAUCUCGACCAUCUGGACGGGGACGGGGGGUGGCGGGGGCGGCAGCGGCAGCAGUACGAACGGGUCGGGCCGCGCGGGGGGGCUCGCGCGGCUGAGCGACCGCCUCCAGGCCGGCGUGUUCGCCAUCUACGGGACGGACAACACGUGGCUGUUCGCGGCGCGGAGCGAGCGCGAGAAGCUCGACUGGAUCUUCCGGAUCGACCAGAGCUUUGUCUCGUCGAGCGCGAGCGGCGGCGCCGGGAGCGGGGCUGCGAGCCCGCACGGAGGAGACGACGAUGACGACUAUAUCGUGGGCGGCGGUCGCCGGUGACCGGGCGAGGGCCCUCCCCUGGUGGGGGGCCUGGACUGGAUUUAUAGAAGAUGGAUGCCUCUUAAUGGGUAGGUUUGAAGGACAUGCUAUGCGUUGAUGAGAUUACGCUUUCGGGUUUUUGCUCUUUCCCCCCCCGCCCCCAUACCAAAUCGAACGAAGGAAUCUAAGGUAACCCAGUAACUGGGCUAUGGAUCAUGCUACAGACAACUUUAUUUUUCCUUUGUCGGAUGUGUAUCAAAACAUGUUAUGCUAGGCUUAUACCCCCUCCAAGAUUACAGAGCUGGCCGCGAGAGAGCGAGGCCGAGGGUCAAGAGAGAGAGAGAGAGAGAGACGGAAGGAGGAGGAAGGCAGGGAGAGAGAGGGAGAGAGAGGGAGAGAGGAAGAGAGAGAGAGGUGAUGGGCAGCUGGAAUGAUGCGUCCCUCUUGUCAUACCCCAUCGAUAGUUUCUUGG